CCGGAAAGCCACAUCAGACAUUAGUUUAUUAGUAGAAUUUUCAUUAAAAAUAUGUAAAUCUUACUCGACAGAUUAAGAUAAUGUUUUGAAAGCCGAACAAAUAAAUUAUAAGCAGAUAUAAAGAUGGGUUGCGAAAAAAUCCUCAAACUUACAGUGGUCCUGUUUCUAGGGCUCAUUAGCGGCAAGCUACAGCAAGUGACAAGCAGUAAAAGCUAUCCUAUUACGACAUUGAUAAACGCCAAAUGGGAGCAAACGCCUGUUCAUUUGGAAAUUGCAGAGUACUUAGCAGAUGAAAAUCCCAAUUUGUAUUGGGAUUAUGUGAAGGAUGCGUCAGAACUUGAUACACCGUUGUCGAGUUAUGAUACGCAAUCACAAAGUUACAAUGCUGCCCUCAAACUAGUUCGCAAGGGUUUAACAGAUAUUCAAAUACCUCUCAUGAAACUCGUUGUUUCAAUGCAUAGUUUAACACCUCGUAUACAGACUCAUUUCCAAAUAGCUUCUGAAGUGGUGAACAAAAGUUCUUGUAUGGAUUCCACCACAUUUGCUCAAAUUGGUUCUGAAUUGGUUUGCUCAUUUGACGAAUUGAGACAAAAAUUGGCGUCAUCAAAGCAAGGUAAAGCAUUAGACGCUACUAUUGAGACAUAUGCCUUCGACCACAUAUUUCCCGGCUCAGAGAAUAAUACACGAACAGUGGUUUUAUAUGGAGACUUCGGAACGUCGUCAUUCGCCCAAUAUCAUUACCUGCUCUCUGCUAAAGCACUUUCUGGCACUGUACGUUAUGUUACACGUCAUUAUCUAUCUCCCAAAACUAGAGAUGAAAGGAAACGAGUUCGACUUUCUGGUUAUGGUGUGGAAUUACAUUUGAAAUCUACAGAAUAUAAAUCACAAGAUGAUGCCCCAAAACCUGCUGAGGGAAGUACAGAAGCUGAUUUGUCAGCUGGUGCUGAUAUGGAAAUCCAAGGAUUCGAUUUUAGUGUAUUAAAAGAACGAUUUCCCACAAUGGUCCAUUCAUUGGAUAAACUGCGUCAAAGCCUGCUACAGGGAAAUGAUGAAAUUGCACAGUUAAAAGCUUGGGAAUUCCAAGAUUUGGGACUACAGGCAGCACAGGCUAUAGCGGAAAUUGAUGGAGAAGAAGCUUUAAAGAUUCUUCAAUACACUGCCCACAAUUUUCCGAUGCAGGCCCGUGCCUUGUUAGGCCACAAAGUAAGUGACCAAUUAAGAAGCGAAGUAAAACAUAACACCGAGGUUUUUGGACGGAACCUUAACAUUGUACCCCCAGAUGGAGCCCUAUUCGUUAAUGGACUUUUCUUCGAUGCCGAUAGCAUGGAUUUGAAUUCUUUAAUUGAAACGUUGCGAACUGAGGUAAGAGUUUUAGAAAGCUUACACAAGAGCCAAGUCAGGGGCGGUUUGGCAUCUGCUCUCUUGGCACUGGAUUUUUCCGGCUCUGGCUCCAAAGAGUUUGCUAUUGAUAUUCGCGACUCGGCCAUAACAUGGAUCAAUGAUAUCGAACAGGAUGUUCAGUAUAGAAGAUGGCCUUCGAGUGUAAUGGAUUUGUUGCGGCCAACGUUUCCCGGAAUGCUGAGAAAUAUUCGAAAGAAUGUAUUCAAUUUGGUUCUAAUUGUAGAUCCUCUCCAACCAACUAGUCGCAGUCUUAUAAAACUUGCUGAAAGUUUUGUUCUGCAUUUGGCCCCAGUGCGUUUGGGACUAGUUUUUGAUGCUCGCCAAGCUUCUGAUGAUAACCAAAUAGACUAUUUAUCUAUAUCAUGCGCAUUCAAUUAUGUAAUGCAGAAGAAAGAUGCUCGAUCUGCUUUAAGCUUUCUAACGGAUAUAUUCGCCGAUGUUGAUGCCAAACAGGCUGUAACGCGCAAACAUAUUAAAUCCCAAUUAAAAAAGUCCUUCGAUAGACUGUCAAGCUCUGCAGUUGAUGAUAUUUUGGACGAAGAUUCCGACUUUGAUUAUGGCAGACAAUUGGCUUUGGAAUUUGUUGAACGACUGGGUUUCAGCGACUCGCCUCAGGCACUACUUAACGGCGUUCCAAUGCAAAGUAACAUACUUUUAUCCGAUAGUGAUUUUGAGGAAACCAUAUUUUCAGAAAUCAUUCAGCAGACCACAACAUUGCAGAAAGCUGUGUAUCGAGGAGAUCUUACAGAUUCUGAAGAAAUUUUGGAUUAUCUUAUGAACCAGCCACACGUUAUGCCGCGAUUAAAUCAACGCAUUUUGGGCAAUAACGAAAAUGCAAAAUUUCUGGAUUUGACCGGCUCACCUCAUAACGACCUCUCAAACGUCAAUGCUUUGGCACUACUCUCGAAUCGCGACAUGACAGCAACGCUGUUGAAGAACAUAAAGUAUUUUGAGGGCAAACACUCGUUCGAAACUAUUGGUGACCAGAAAUUACAUUUCCUUACUCUGUGGAUUUUUGCCGACUUGGAAAAGGAGAGCGGCAAGGAAUUGCUGAAGAAUGCCUUGCAAUACGUGCGUGCAGGUGCCAGCGUGAGAAUUGCUUUCAUACCCAAUGUUGAAGGGUCGGAUGUGGGUAGGAAGGAUAAUCUGAACCGUUUAGUAUGGGCUGCUCAGCAAACAUUAGGUCCCAAAGAAGCAACCGAACUCGUACAAAAAUGGCUCAAACAAACUUCAGAUAAAUGGGACAUUCCUGAAGCUGUAAGCGAAAUUAUAUCAUCGACAGAACUUCAUAUGAAAAUACUAAGAGUGUAUGCCCAAAGAGUGCUAAAUCUGAAGGCAGCCGAACGAUUGGUUAUAGGUAAUGGAAAAAUUAUUGGGCCCAUAUUAGAUACGGAACUUUUCGGUAUUGAAGAUUUCGGUCUAAUAGAUCGCUUUAACGCCAUACAAUAUGCAGAUAAAUUACGAAAGGCUCUAAAUCAAAACUCGCAUGAGCUAGAGCCCAAUUUCAACAGCGAUACCUUGUUAAAAUUGUACACUUCGUUGCUGUCUAGACAAACAAAAACGCGAUUCAAACUGCCUGAUGAUGUCAAAGAUGCUCAUUCAGUUGUAAAAUUGCCAUCGAAUCGAAAUGAUCUGCCCAGCUUUGACAUAAGUGCCAUAGUAGAUCCAGCAUCAAGAAGUGCCCAAAAGCUGGCUCCAAUACUAAUACUCCUGCGACAAACCAUAAAUUGUAAUAUGAAAAUUUUCCUAACUCCCGUCGGACAGCACAGUGAUAUGCCAGUUAAAAAUUUCUAUAGAUACGUUGUUGAACCGGAAGUCCAAUUUACACCUAGUGGUGAGUUGGCCGAAGGCCCUUUUGCCAAAUUCACUGGGGUGCCAGCAAAUUCGCUGUUAACUCAAAAUCUUCAAGUUCCUGAAAAUUGGUUGGUUGAAGUUGUGCGUUCCGUUUACGAUCUGGACAAUAUUAAAUUGAGCGACAUCAAUGGGCCGGUUCACAGCGAAUUUGAAUUAGAAUAUCUGCUGCUUGAAGGCCAUUGCUUUGACAGUACAACUGGAGCGCCGCCCAGGGGUUUGCAGGUCACUUUGGGUACCUUAGAGGAUCCAGUUCUAGUUGACACUAUCGUCAUGGCUAACUUGGGCUAUUUCCAACUCAAAGCCAAUCCCGGCGUGUGGACACUGCGACUGCGCGAAGGCAAAUCAGCAGAUAUAUACGAUAUAACUUAUGCCGAAGGCCCCAACACAGUUCAUAAAAACGGAAACACACAAGUGGUGAUAAGUUCCCUAAAAUCGCAUGUAAUCAAAAUGAGAGUCACUAAAAAGCCAGGAAUGGCAAAUGCCGAUCUAUUGGAAGAUGGAAGUGGUCAGCAACAGUCCGGUAUUUGGAAUUCUAUAGCAAGUUCUUUCGGAGGUGGCUCAACUACAGAUGAUGAAGAUAAGGAUACCAUUAAUAUUUUCUCUGUUGCAUCAGGUCAUCUCUAUGAACGCCUUCUGAGAAUAAUGAUGGUAUCUGCUAUGAAGCAUACCAAAUCACCAGUGAAAUUUUGGUUUUUAAAAAACUAUCUUUCACCACAAUUCACAGAUUUUUUGCCACACAUGGCAAAAGAGUACGGCUUUCAAUAUGAACUUGUGCAAUACAAAUGGCCUAGAUGGCUGCAUCAACAGACUGAAAAACAAAGAACCAUUUGGGGGUAUAAGAUACUUUUCCUGGAUGUUCUAUUUCCUUUAAGUGUACGCAAAAUUAUUUUUGUCGAUGCGGAUGCCAUCGUGAGAGCAGAUUUAAAAGACUUGUACGACAUGGAUUUAGGAGGAGCACCCUACGCGUAUACACCAUUCUGCGAUUCGCGCAAAGAAAUGGAAGGCUUUCGUUUCUGGAAACAGGGCUAUUGGAAAUCACAUCUAAUGGGAAGACGCUACCACAUUUCUGCUCUGUAUGUGGUGGACUUAAGACGUUUCCGUAGAAUAGCGGCAGGCGACCGUUUGCGUGGGCAGUAUCAAGCUCUAAGUCAAGAUCCAAAUAGUUUAAGCAAUCUUGAUCAGGAUUUGCCUAACAACAUGAUACAUCAAGUAGCCAUUAAAUCCUUACCCGAUGAAUGGCUAUGGUGUCAGACCUGGUGUAGCGACAGCGCUUUCAAAAACGCCAAAGUUAUUGAUCUUUGCAACAAUCCAAUGACAAAAGAGGCUAAAUUAACAGCGGCUCAACGUAUAGUGCCCGAAUGGAAAGACUAUGAUUCCGAGGUGAAAUCAUUAAUGGCUCGUAUCGAGGACCAUGAAAACUUUGAACAGCACGAUGACACGGGUGGAGGAAAUAUCAACGAAAAUCCAACCUCUAAAGAAUUUGUCAAACACAGCGAACUGUGAAUAAAACAGUAAUUUAAUAUUUAAUCGAUUAUAGUAAUGUAACAUCCAAAAUUUAGUUUAAUUAUUUGUUUUCUAAACUUACGCCCAAUUUUCUCAAUAAAAAAUGGAUGUUAUGAUACACAACCACCCAUGAAGGGGUUUUAAAUAACAUUCCUACAAUUGUAAUUAAAUAUA